GAUUGGUAUAACUGACCUGUCACUGGAGCUUUUAAGAACUAAACCACUGCUAAAUAGUUUCCUUGUCUUAGUAAAAAGUAAUGUCAUAGUCAGUGUUUGGUGCCUGAAGCAAGAGUUCUUAACCCCCUUAACUUAAUUUUGACAUUGAUGUCUAAUAUCUGUUUAUUGUCAGCAGGUCUGGAUGGAGUCUCAGUAUCUGAAGCAAUGCCUGGGAAAUUGCUUGAAGAAAGGACUGGCAGAGGUUGUAGAGCAUCGGCCAGCAGAUCCAAUAGAGUAUCUUGCACACUGGAUUUACAAUUACAGAAGAAACUUAGAUGAAGAAGAAAAGAGAGCCCUGGAGAGAGCUGAGCUGGAACAAGAACGGGAGGCAGCUCUAGCAGAACUUGAAAGGUUAAAAAUCCAGGAAGAAGAGCAGCGGAAGCUUGAAGAACAACGUCAGGAAGAUGAAAAGACAGUAGCUGAAGAUGGACCUGGAACACUUACUUCUGAGGAACCAGAUGAGAGUGAACCAAGUCAAACAGAUCUCCCAACAGUAAUAGAAGAAGAAAGUUUGAACUGACCUGAAAGCAGUAAAUAUAUUUUCUACUCGUUACUUGCUGAUCCUGAAGUGUAGUAUCUUGAUUUAUGUAUUUUAUAAAUAGAACUGAUUUAUAUACCUGUUUUUUCCAGUGUCUGUUUUUAAGGUGUUUGUAUAAAGUUGGUUAAUUCUGA